AUGGUCAGGUUUAAAAAUCGAUAUUUACUCUGUGAGCUUAAGUGGGAAGACGAAAAAUAUGACCCAAAUAUCAAAAAUAAAGAUGUUUAUGAAGCAAUCAAAGACUCAAUUGGCAUGAAUUUUGGAGAUUUUGGAAUAGGGCUUUCAGUGAUUUCAUUAUCAAUAAAAUAUUGAAAUCCUGUGACGAAUUUGUUUAUUUUAAGGGUAUCUAGAGAAUGCUAUAGGCUAGUAUGGGCUGGACUUAGUUUGAUUACACAUAUAAGAUCUAGAAGGGUGAGGCCAUCAGUGAUAUAUUGUGCAGGGACUAUUAGAACUUGUGAGAGAAAAGCUGCAUUAUUUAUAAGAAAUUGGCUAUCUAAAAGCAAAAAUCCUUUAGAAAGGCAGCUGAAAGAGCUUCAAGCAAAAUCAAUGAUGAGCGAGCUUGCUGUCAUGAUUCCUUUAAGUUUAAGUUUAAUAGAAAUCUCUAGCAUAUUAAGUGCCUCAAAGUCUUCAUUCUUGAGGUUCAGCUACGAUAGCAGCUCUGAACAACGGUAGGUGAACCGGCCUAACCGUUGAACCGUUAAAGUUAUCAAGCCCUUUCAGACUUCUCUAGUCCGUGAGACCUCACCUCUUAAAGCUAAAGCUCUCAAGAAGUUAGACUUCUCUCACUGAGCUCGGUACAUUGGUCCCGCUUGUUGGAUCAGGACUGUGGACCCAUCCCUAACUGUCAUUUUAAAUAUUGUAUGAUUCCUUAA